AUGGGAGAUUUAGAUAAAAACUGUUAUUGCACCAAAACUCAGAAUACUUUUGAAGUAAAGAGUUAUACAAAACUAAAUCCUGAAUUGAGGUUGGAAUUGAAACGAAUUACAAAAUUAUUAAUAAAACCCCAGAAGGGUUUUUUAGAUUUGUCGAUACCAUCGGAAAAUUCCAAUGAACCUAGGAACGAUUUAAAAUUUUUGAAUGGAUUCUCCGAUAUUUUGUCGUCAGAUGAACUGUCGGAAUACAUUACUGCAGUAAUUGUCGACUGGAAUACAUCAUCUGCAGAAAUAUCAACCGGCUGUUGGAAGCUUCCUAAAGUCAUGGCCCAGAAAAGUAUCGUCACUGGAGUUAAAAUAGAUCAAGGAACGGUACCCCUUUUUGGAACUUAUAAUGAAAUGGUAACUCAAGGACUGGACGAUCUCCAUAGCAAGUACGCUAGCGUAACUCAAAGUACAGGAAUGAUUCCAAUAGUUCACCUAGAAAUAAUAAAUCUCCCAAAAGCAACUUACUCAAUUAUUCGAGCCCUUGAAGCUCACCAAGAAAUUCUAUCAAAUUUUUUCUCAGCCUUCAAUCAGUAUCACGUCGCCCUCGAAAGCAUUAUCCUUAUGCUCGCUAUCAUCGAACCUGGGAUCGAUAAUGCUGCGUACCACGACCCAUGCACAUUAGCUGAUUAUACUUCAACUCUCCUAAAUCAAUUACUUCCGCCAGCUAUUCCAGCAAUUAUUCUGUCGGCAACAAAUCAACAAUUUAGCAAUUAUUUAAAUGCACUCACUCAAGAUAAAGAUCUUAAAUCAUGGAAAUUAUUGUUCCACUGCCUCAAAGCACCAAGAAAUUCAUCUAAAAAUAUAUCUGAUGACACUUUAAUGCUGUUAGAGGAUUUACAUAAUUUUUUUCACGCUCAUUUAAAUAUCAAACACAAAAAUUCACUUUCCUGGGAUUAA